UCAAUCUGGCGGGAAGUAAUGGUUAGUCAAAACCUUUUUUUGUUUAAAUUGUUGAUUCCUCUUCUUUUAACUCUGUGUUGCUUUUAAAUUUAUAUUUUUAUAAUUUUAAUUAGUUUUUUCAGUCAUGGGAAAGACCGGCUCAGAAAACUUUCGAAAGAUCAAUCUGAAGAAAAAGGUGUUCUGUUCCAGAGGAUUUAAAAAAACCAAUGUGAGGAAUUUCAAGAGGAAAGCCUGGAAAGCAAAGUAUAAAGGUAGAUCCAGUACAUGUUUCGUCUGUGGUGAAGAAGGGCAUUGGGCUAAUGCUUGUCCCAAUAAAGAUCAGAUCAAGGAAACUUUUGCCAGUGAUGCGCUCGAUGACUCAGCUGAAUUGGAUGCUCUUCUCGAUGAUGAUCUUGAUCUGCAAACUCUGACUUUACCAACAGUUACACCAAUUUUACCCGAAGACGGAGACUAUACACCGCUAAUAGAUGAAGCUCUUGAUGAAUUUGGGUUCGCACAAUUUAGGCCAAAUCAACGUGAAACGAUUAAGAGAAUUUUACAAGGUCAAUCAACUUUACUUAUUUCAAGCACUGGAUCCGGGAAAUCUUUGUGUUAUCAACUGCCAGCUUAUAUUUUAUGGAAACGCAAAAAGUACAUUACACUAGUUGUGUCACCUCUUAUUUCUUUGAUGGAAGAUCAAUUGGUUAAUUUACCCAAACCAAUGACAGCAGUUUGCCUUCAUAGUGGACUCAAGUCUGACAAAAAGGAGAACAAUUUGAAUCUUUUAAGAAAAGGAUAUGCUCAGGUAUUGUUCAUCAGUCCUGAAUAUAUUGUUGGAGGGUCAAAUUUCCAUGAACUUGCUACUUUACCGCUGAUUGCUUUUACCUGUAUCGACGAAGCACAUUGUCUUUCCGAAUGGUCACACAAUUUUCGCCCGUCCUAUCUUCAGCUGUAUAGGGUUUUGAAAGAGAAACUCAAUAUUAAAACAUUUCUAGCCCUGACAGCGACUGCAACUUACGAUACCUGCCUGCAAAUCACAAAGAAUUUAGGAAUCACAAGAAAUGAUAUAAUAGGUAUCACCAAGAUUCCUCAGAAUCUUAUUUUGUCUGUAUCGCGUGAUACGGAUAAAGAUAACGCUCUGAUUGAACUAUUGAAAAGUAAAAAAAUGCGGAACUUGGAGUCAAUAAUUGUCUAUUGCACCCGACGAGACGAUACAGUUCGAUUAGCAUCAUUUAUCCGAACUAGUAUGCAAGACUGUAAAUCAGAUAAUAAAUCACUUACUUGGGAUGCCAGACCUUAUCAUGCAGGAUUGCCUCCUGAUGAAAAGAAUCGCGUACAAAAAUUUUUUAUCACUGGUAAAGUUCGUGUUGUUGUGGCUACAAUUGCCUUUGGUAUGGGUAUCAAUAAAUCAAACGUGCGAGCUAUCAUUCAUUAUAACUUACCAAAGAGCUUUGAAAGCUAUGUUCAAGAAAUUGGUCGAGCUGGUCGAGAUUAUUCUUUGGCUUACUGUCACCUAUUUCUUGAUCCAUUAUGCAAAGACCUAUUUGAAUUAAAGAAAUACGUUUUCUCCAAUAGCUGCGACCGUUCAAGUAUCGAGAAAUUAGUUGGUAAACUCUUCAAGAAAUGUAAAUGCGAUACUCUGGGUAAUGGCGAUGAUAUGAAUGAGAGCGAAGACGAAGAAGAUGAUAAAAAGUCAAAAGAGAACAAUGAAGAUGAAAACAUGGAGAAGGCAGCGACUAAUUCAGAAAUACAAUGCCCUGGACAUGAGGUAGCCUUGCCUAUUGAUGAACUGACUAUGGAUUUGGAUAUGAAAGAAGAGAACAUUCUCACGUUAAUUUCAUUCCUUGAAUUGAAUUACCCCGAGAAAAAUGUCACCAUAUUACCUUCAGGCUAUUCAAAUUGUAGAUUGCUUUCAUAUAUUGAUGGGUUUGCUGGUCUAAAAGAGAUGGCUAGCAAAUGUCCUCCAGUUGCUGUUGCAAUGGCGUUACGAAAAAACAAAACUGAGGAGAGUAACAUGCUUGAAUUCAAUUUCAUCGAUAUCGCUACAAUGCUGGGUCUUCCAUCAGCUGAGGUUCGCCGACAGCUUAGAUCUUUAGAAUGGAAUACGCUUCCUGAUGGACGAAAAACUCGUGGUAAAGCUCGGAUAGAGUUAACGAAAUUAUCCAUAAAAGUUAAGGCACCCGGUAACUUGAAACAGACUGAGCUUGAUGCAAUCAUCGAUUUCCUGUAUAAUUAUGUAUCAUCCCAAGAAAGAGUUGAAAUCAACCGAUUAGACUACAUUUAUGAUACUUUUACCAAAUUCUCAUUGCCAACCUGUGUUGAUAAAAUAGACUUGAAGAAAAGCAAUCAAUUGAAAGAAACGUUGAACAAAUAUUUCUCUCAUGGAUUCCAAGAAAGUGAAUGUGUUUUCAACUUGAAGACUGUCUUAAAUGCGAAAAAUCUUCAAUCCAAAAUUAAUUCAAGGCAGAUCGCCGAACCCUGUGAUAUUGACCAGAUACAUCGUGAUAUCAGACAUCUUAUCAAUAUGCAUGGAGAGUAUAACUGGACUCCACGAGCAGUUGCCCGAAUCCUUCAAGGUAUCUCUAGUCCUAGGUUCCCGGCUGAAAUUUGGGGAAAAGUUUAUCAAUUUUGGAGAGCCCAUGUUAAUCUUGAUUUUUAUACAUUGUUACAAAUUGCUGAAGAGGAGCUCACUCGUAUUUCAUGAAAAUAUUUCAAAUCAUCUAACAAUCUCAAAUUUUUUAUUUUCAAAUGUAAUUCUUUAUCAAACGUUUUUAAUGGACUAAAGUUUUUACUUUACUUUUAAUCACUUGAGUUUGUUAAAAUUUCCAAGUUGGAAAUUCCAACAUUUUAAGAACCACAUCAGUUUGUAAAAUAUGCAUCAUAAUAAUUUCUGAAAAAUUAAACGUUUAUAAUUAUUGA